AUGAUACCUCAUAGAACGCCAAGUAUUUCCGAAGCAUCGACAUCAUCAGCUCAACAGACCUCUCAAGCAGGUGGUCCUCGACGGUUACUCCCAGCUGCUCGUCCCCAGCCGGCCGAAAAUUCUACUCACUAUCAUACUGCUCCCCUGGCAAGAAAACGAGCUCCCAUAGCCUUGGCAUGCGAAUCAUGUCGGCAGAAGAAAGUAAAGUGUAACGGAGCUCGGCCGGUAUGCUCUCAAUGUCGGGCACGGAAAUCCGGGUGUGUUUACCGAGUGGCAUCCGACACAGACUAUCGUGAUAAGUACGAGGCACUUCUGGAAUCACACCCUGCAGCGGUUGUAUACCGAGCUAUUCAAUCACGACCAAGAAAUGAAGGACUCGAAAUCGUACGACGGAUUCAAGCUGGUGUCGAUGCCGAAACCUUGAUGCGUCAACUAUCAAGCGCCGAUUUACUGCUCCAAGUACAACUCGAGCCUGAAACAAGAUCACGAUAUCAAUUCAUCUACUCGCCGCUCAUGCCUACAUAUCUGCAGACUGACGAGAAUCCCUUCAUGAGAUCUCUUGUACAUGAGUGGAGUACGAGAGAUGAUGUUGUUAGUAUUGCAUCUCCGGUUUUUACGGACACAGAUUUGGGAUAUCGGGCACAGUAUUUGAGACCUCAUCACGCAGCAACCAUCGUUGACUCAAGACUGGAUGAGAUAAUGCCUUCGAGAUGGACUGCUGUGAAUGUUAGCGAUGACAAGAUGAGAGAGCUUGUACGUGCCUAUUUUCUUCAGGAAUAUGACUGGUUCACGUUCUUUCAUAAGGACUAUUUCUUCGAUGAUAUGACCAGUGGAUCCAAUACAUUUUGCUCAUCACUUCUCGUCAACGCUGUUUUAGCAGUUGGAUGCCAAUGUCGGAACAAUGUAUCCGAGCCCGCAGAGUAUUGGAAUCCCAAUAGUCUUGGUUAUAAAUUCCUCGAAGAAGCGAAAAGGCUAUGGAUAGUUGAGGUGACCUAUAACAGAAGCUUGACAACGCUGCAAGCAGCUCUGGUCUUGAAUACUAUCAUCAAUAUGUUUGAUAUGGAUCAUUUAUCAUCAGAAUUCCUCGUCCGGUCAAUAGAAAUAGCCCAUGAGUUGGGGUUAUUCGAACCAACAACAUACAUCAUGAACAAGAAGUUGAGGAACUCAUAUGAUCUUACAGCCUGGUCUUUGUUUCACUGGCAAUGUACAUUGAGCUACCAAUUCAUGACUCAGCCGUUAUUAACAGCACCACCAAAGACUCCGCUACCUGACCCUGAACACGAUCCAAACUGGUAUAGUGAAAUUUGGCUGAAGUAUCCUUCAAGCUCAACGCUGGUGCCACUGCGGAUUGGCUUGGUGUUCAAAGCAAAGAUGAGCUUUAGUGUCCUUCUUAACGAGGCCAUGUUGGAAGUUGACAAAGAUUCAACUGAUUCUUACUUAUUCCAAAACGGGGGUAAAAAGAUCGUCGAGAUGACGGAAAGGCUGGAUGCAUGGUAUAAAUCGAUGCCAGAACCGCUGUCACCAACAAAGAUUGUUUCGCCUUCACAACUCAAGUUACAUCUUCAUUAUUGCUACGUCAUCAUUCAGCUUUACGAGAUUCUCGCACCAGGGGGACAAAGACAAGCCCCAAACCUCCCGAGCGAAGAAGACGAACUUCAAAGAUCCCUUUCAAAAUACCGAGGCUACUUUGAGACCAUUCUCCGAAUUCACUAUCUCCGACAUAGCUUUGAAUACGGAAACAUGAUGCUGACACGUUUUCUCGCGAUGCUAGCAUUUCUAUCCCUAAGCAAAAUCGAAUCCUUGACAACAUCUACCGGGCCAGGGCAUAUCAUGACAGGAUCUGGAUUAGAUAUCGGCGACACAGAUCCCAAGGAAGCAAGAGCUACACUGUUAAUAGCUCAAAAAGGCCUCAGCGAUCAGGGGAGAGGCUAUUACUUACCGAGGACAUUGUUGCGCGACGUUCUGGCGAAUAUGACGGCGAGUGAUGCUACGAUUCUUCAGAGCUUUAUAACGAUCCCUUCUGAGGGGCCGGAGAAGAUGCAGGAGAGGAAGAUGUAUAUGGAGAGUCACUGUCCUCCAGAUAUUCUGCGCAUAGCGAAUGAUCCGAAUAAGCAGCCGGAUGGGAACUGGAUUCGAAGGUUCGCGAUGUUGACGCUUGGGGAGCACUCUGGGCGGUCGAUUUUGGGGAUGAUAUCUGGAGGGAGUGAAAUCUAA